AGAAAAGAAGGGAUACAACAAAUUCAAUAUGCCUAAAAUAACACCUUUAAUUAAUCAUUUCUGUCGUUUCCCUAAAAAUGGCCUCAUUUUCUUUGACUGAUCCAGUCCAAUUUGAUCAGGCGUCGUUUUGAAGUUCCGGACAAGAGUGCCGUCGGUCAAGAGCAUUGUAAAACGACGCCGUUUCAGCUUUUCCUCUCUUUAUCCAUUACAGCGCCGGGGCCGGAGGUUCAGGGUUUAAAAAGUCGUAUCUCCUUCAAAUCAGAGUGUGCCAUUAUUGACACCUCUGAUUAUUCUUAAUCAAUGAGUGCUUCCUUUCUCGAUUUUAAAAUUUAGGUUUUCACUAUUUUCCAGUUUUAAAAUUUUCUUCGGUUGCUAUGGAAUCGUUUGACGAUAGUAGCUGGGAUUUUCUUGAUUACAGUAUCAUCAACGAUACCCCGUCGACCGAUUUGUCUUGGAUUACCCGCAGUGCUGUGGAAAUUGAUUUUCCGCACGGUGGUGUGGCAUCCCAGCAGCAAAAAGAGUGCCGAGAAAAUGAUAGCACGCGAAAGAGGGGACACAGUGAUUCAUGGAGCAGGGGAGGAACCAAAGCUUGCCGUGAGAAAUUGCGGAGGGAAAAAUUAAAUGACAGGUUUUCAGACUUGAGCUCCACUUUGGAACCUGGGAGACCUGCCAAAACUGAUAAGUUAACUAUCCUCAGUGAUGCCAUCCAAGUUGUGAAUCAGCUAAGAACCGAAGCUCAAGAGCUUAAAGAGGCAAAUGAAAAGCUGCUGGAUGACAUUAAAAGCUUAAAGGCAGAGAAGAAUGAGCUUCGUGAGGAGAAACUCAAAAUGAAGACAGAUAAAGAAAGGCUGGAGCAGCAACUGAAAGUUAUGACAAUGCGACCAGCUGGGUUUAUGCCAGCGCACCCAACAGCUUAUCAUGCUGGGGCGAGCAAGAUGCCUGUUUUCCCUGGAUAUGGUUUGAUCCCAAUGUGGCAAUGUUUACCUCCAUCUACGCUUGAUACAUCCCAUGACCAUGAGCUGAGGCCACCUGCUGCAUAGCAAUUUUAUUUGUAUGCAUUGAUUCUUGAUGGCUCAUUUUAUGAUUCUUGUUUUUUCACCCCAUUUUGUAUUAUCAAAAAGUUACUGCUACACUAAUUUGACCGAAUUUUAGAUUUAAUUGGGAACGAACGGAUGGAAUAAUUGGGGAUUGAAUGGAUGGAAUAAUUAAUAAGAGGGUAAUUGGUUUUUUUUU